UAACUGUGCUCAGCUGCAGAUUGUGCGAACAAUAACAUGACACAUCUGUAGUGAAGUUUCAUUGGUUUCUGUGAGGUGGUCGCUGUUUUAUGGAGCAGCAUGGAGCCGUCAAAGUUAGAGGGGAUGGAUGCUGCCGGUCCCGGUCCAGAACAGAGUCCCAAACCCGAGCUUUCUGCAGCGAUGCGGGCUAAAAUCGAGAGGAACCGGCAGCGGGCGUUGAUGCUCCGACAAGCCCGACUGGCGAGCCGCUCUUUGUCCGCCGUGGAAGGCGCAACCGCGGCUAAAGUCUCCAAGACCAUUGACUCCGGGGCCGGCUUUUUCAUCGAGGAGGAGGAGGAUGAAGAGGAAGAGCAAAGGGCCAAGAAAGUGGUGCAUCAGCCAGCUCCAGUGAUUGAGCCAGACUACCUCCUGUGUGAUGAGUGUGAAAAACCCUUCAUGGACUCCUACCUCAGCAACAGCUUUGAUCUGUGUGUGUGUGACAACUGCAGAGACAACAAGGAGAAGCACAAGCUGAUCUCCCGAACUGAAGCCAAACAGCACUACCUGCUGAAGGACUGUGACCUGGACAAGAGAGAGCCUCCGCUCAGGUUUAUACUGAAGAAAAACCCUCACAACCCAACCUGGGGGGACAUGAAGCUCUACCUCAAACUACAGGUGGAGAAGAGGUGUAUGGAGGUGUGGGGGUCAGAGGAGGCUCUGGAGGAGGCCAAAGAGACGAGAGAAGAGAACAAAGAGGUCCAGAAACAAAAGCGCUUCAACAAGAAAGUCAAAGAGCUACGCAGGGCGGUGAGGAGCAGUAUGUGGACCAAAGACACCAGCGUUCACCAACAUCAGUAUGGACCAGAGGAGGUGGUGGAUCCAGAUGAGGACCUCUACAAGAAAACCUGCACCACCUGUGGACAUGAACUCACCUACGAGAAGAUGUAGACACACACACACUCACACUCACUCUGUCUGUUACUUUUGCAGACUUUACUUGUAGAAUAUAUUUGGUGCUACUACUACUUCUUUACACCUUUCACGAGCCAUCUCCUCCCAGGAGUACUCUUUUUCUUGUCUUUAUUUUUCGGUAUUUAUUAGUUAUUGAAAUAAAACACAUUCACUGUGAAGAUUUCUAUCUUCGUUCUUUUUUAAUUUCACGCUGUUAGGAAACAUCCAGGAAUUUCUCCUCUGCAUGACUUCUUGAGGUCAGUAGUAAUUUCUAUUUGAAACAGAAGCAAUAACUCUAAAAACUUUCACAAUGGACAAAUUAAGGAAGGCACGAUACUGAAACUUGAAAAUUCUGUCUCGCAAGAAAUAGUUGUCCCUGCAUGCUGAGCAAACCUUGGGGGAUUCAUAGCAUAAUUUUAUAUCUCACACAGUUUUACAUGGAUGUUAAAUGCUUCAAUAUUAAAUCCCAUUGAUCCGUAGUGGGGGGUAACCAAUGUCAUGUUCCUAUGUUUGUAUGUUUAUAGUGAUUAUAUCAGAGGCAGUAUUUUAGCGCAUCUAAGGUCGGUAGAUGUGAGAGGCACUAGCACACCAUUCCUCUCCUGUAUUGCCUCUCUCAUCUUCCUCUAAGCUCAAUUUUCUCUCACUAUAAAUUCUUCUGAACUAUGAUCAAGGAUAUUUUGCCAGAUGUCGUUUUAUUCUUCAUUCCAGGUCAUUAUAUUUGGAAAGGAGUUAGUAAACAAAGUUUAAGAGGUGUCAGUUAU